GGUGACGUAGUUUGUUUGGCAUUGUUGGGUUAUAUUAAUGUGCUCGCUUUCGGUAGUAUCAUCACCGAAUACCAUUACCAUUCGUCCUCAACCCGUUGGCGGAGAUUUCAAACCCAAUUUUCCUUCUUAAAUCUCUCUCUCAACUUCUCCUUCCAAUUCCCCAUUACCAUUCCCUUCCCUUCCCAGAAGUUAAGAUGGCAGCAGCAGCAUCAGCUACAUUUACUAUUGGAACCACCCAAACAGGGAGGUCACUUCCUCAAUCAAGUCCUUUUGGUUUGAAAUUCAAUUCCCAGGUUAAUUUCAACACCUUCUCUGGCCUCAAAGCCAUGCCAUCUCUCAGAUGUGACUCUGAAUCAUCUUUCUCUGGCAAAGAAACUUGUGCCGCUCUGCGUGCAACUUUUGCACCCAAAGCUCAAAAGGAAAAUCAAAACCUCACCCGCAAUUUGCAGCCUCAGGCAUCCUACAAAGUAGCGGUUCUCGGUGCUGCAGGAGGGAUUGGUCAACCACUGGCACUUCUCAUCAAGAUGUCGCCUUUGGUUUCCGACCUGCAUCUCUAUGAUAUCGCAAAUGUUAAGGGAGUUGCUGCUGAUAUCAGUCACUGCAACACUCCUUCAAAGGUUUUGGAUUUCACAGGUGCUUCUGAGUUAGCAAAUUGUUUGAAAGGCGUCGAUGUUGUUGUUAUACCUGCUGGUGUUCCUAGGAAGCCCGGCAUGACUCGUGAUGACCUUUUCAACAUCAAUGCUGGUAUAGUCAGGGACUUGGUCACUGCCGUUGCAGAUAAUUGCCCCAAUGCUUUUAUUCAUAUUAUCAGUAAUCCAGUGAACUCUACAGUUCCUAUUGCCGCUGAAAUUCUUAAACAGAAGGGUGUCUAUGAUCCUAAGAAGCUCUUUGGUGUUUCUACACUUGAUGUUGUGAGGGCAAACACAUUUGUUGCUCAGAGGAAGAACCUGAGGUUGAUUGAUGUGGAUGUUCCAGUUGUUGGAGGUCAUGCCGGGAUUACAAUUCUUCCUCUCUUGUCAAAGACAAAACCCUCAGCGAGUUUCACUGAUGAAGAAAUUGAGGAGCUAACUGUCAGGAUUCAAAAUGCUGGAACUGAGGUUGUUGAGGCAAAGGCUGGUGCAGGGUCUGCUACUUUGUCAAUGGCUUAUGCAGCAGCAAGAUUUGUUGAAUCAUCUCUUCGUGCACUUGACGGAGACGCUGAUGUGUAUGAGUGCUCAUUCGUACAGUCAGAUCUGACCGACCUUCCUUUUUUUGCUUCAAGGGUGAAGAUUGGUAGGAAAGGAGUCGAGGCUUUAAUUCCAACUGAUCUCCAAGGAUUGAGUGAGUAUGAGCAGAAGGCUUUGGAAGCACUUAAGCCAGAACUUAAGGCCAGCAUCGAGAAGGGGGUUGCUUUUGCUCAAAAGCAAACUGUUGCUGCUUAGUUUAUUUUAUGAAAGCAUUUAUUCUAUAAUCUCUAGUGUCUUUACGAGAGAAUGUCAACGGGUGAUUUCUUGUGUUAUGGAUUUAUUUGAGCAUGAAUAUUACUUAGACAACUUAGGUUGCAGAUUUACUGUAGCAUCAUUUACUGCUUCCAGAACUUAGGAUUUGAAUUUCCCAUAGUAUCAAUUCUACUUCCAGAUUGGUUAGCAGAACAGGAGGGGGAUUCCAUUUCUGUUCUCUAUAUUGAGCUUUAGUUUUUUUGAUCAGAAAUCUCAAUAAAUUUUUACUAUCUUGUACUACAAGAAUUGGAAAAAUGUAAACGUUCCAUUUUGAAUAAUAUGCCUAUUGGACCAGUAA